UGGGGAAGAAAAAGACACAAGAUCCGAUUACAAGAUGGCGGUCCAUGGCGGAUAGAAGAACGGCAGACAUAGCUAGUUGUUGUGUUUGUUAGAGUGCAGUUAUAGAUAUUAGGCCUUACGUGCGAAAAAUAGUUUUUAUCAUUUUAAGCCAUUUAUGAAGUUCAUAUAUGUGUAUUUUAGCUAUUUGUCGGAGGCGUGGCUAGAACAUGCGGGUAGUAGUAAAGUUUGAGGCGUUGGGUUGAGACAUACGAAAAAUUGAAAUUAGGGUGAAGCUAUCUGAGCUCAAGAAAACGAUGUCGGAUACUCGGCGGCGUGUAAAAGUCUACACGCUGAACGAAGACCGGCAGUGGGAUGACAGAGGAACUGGACAUGUUUCGUCUACUUAUGUCGAACGACUUGAGGGGCUAUGUUUGUUGGUUCGGGCCGAGUCUGAUGGGUCACUUCUCCUCGAGUCCAAAAUCAGUCCUAACACGGCAUAUCAGAAACAACAAGACACCUUGAUUGUCUGGUCAGAAGCUGAAAACUACGAGCUUGCACUGAGUUUUCAGGAGAAAGCUGGUUGCGAUGAAAUCUGGGAAAAAAUCUGUCAGGAGCAGGGCAAGGACCCGACAGUGGAGAUCACGCAAGAUCCCAUGGACGAGUCGGAGGAGGAGCGUGUGGACGAGCUGCCCGAGACCAGCCACCUGGUGGAGCUGCCGCCGUGCGAGCUGGCGCGCCUCGAGGAGAUCGCAGACCUCGUGACGUCCGUGCUAUCCUCGCCCAUCCGGCGCGAGAAGCUGGCGCUGGCGCUGAUGAGCGAGGGCUACAUCAAGAAGCUGCUGCAGCUCUUCAGGACCUGCGAGGACCUGGAGGAUCUCGAGGGCCUCCAUCAUCUCUAUGAGAUUGUGCGCGGGGUGCUGUUCCUCAACAAGGCAGCGCUGUUCGAGGUGAUGUUCUCCGACGACUGCAUCAUGGACGUUGUGGGCUGCCUGGAGUACGACCCGGCGCUCGUGCAGCCCAAACGCCACCGCGAGUUCCUCACCAAGACGGCCAAGUUCAAGGAGGUGGUGCCCAUCACGGACUCGGAGCUGCGGCAGAAGAUCCACCAGACGUAUCGCGUGCAGUACAUCCAGGACAUCAUCCUGCCCACUCCGUCCGUCUUCGAGGAGAACUUCCUCUCCACCCUCACCUCUUUCAUAUUCUUCAACAAGGUGGAGAUUGUUAGCAUGUUGCAGGAAAAUGAGAAACUCCUGACAGAAGUGUUUGCCCAACUGACGGAUGAGGCUACAGAAGACAGCAAGCGAAGAGAAUUGGUGAACUUCUUCAAAGAGUUCUGUGCGUUUUCCCAAACGUUACAGCCUCAGAAUAGAGACGCAUUUUUCAAGACCUUGGCAAAUCUGGGGAUUCUACCAGCACUGGAAAUUGUGAUGGCCAUGGAUGACCUUCAGGUGCGCGCUGCUGCCACAGACAUCCUGUCCUACCUGGUGGAGUUCAGCCCCUCCAUGGUGCGUGAGUUUGUCAUGCAGGAACCCCAACAGGCAGAUGAUAUUGUCAGGCGCUGGAAGGUUAAACCUGAUGCACAGGACGUGCUGCUGAUCAACGUGGUCAUCAAGCAGAUGAUCUGCGACUCGGACCCAGAGCUGGGCGGAGCCGUGCAGCUCAUGGGGCUGCUCAGGACGCUCAUUGACCCAGAGAACAUGCUGGCCCCCACCAAUGUAAGGCCAUGGGCAACUCUUACUAAAACGGAGAAGACGGAGUUCCUCAGCUUCUUCUACAAGUACUGCAUGCAGGUGCUCACGGCUCCACUGCUGGCCAACACGGCAGAUGAUGGGGACGACGGAGACUCCGGAGGUGAGGAUCAGGGCUCGACGCUGGCAUCUGCCAGCAAGCCAAAAACGGACAUGCAGGAAGAGUCAUCAUCAGUCAAAAUCAACCGAGUGUGUCCUGAUAAUUUCCAGACGGCGCAGCUGCUGGCCCUAAUCCUGGAACUGUUGACGUUCUGUGUGGAGCACCACACGUACCACAUGAAGAACUACAUCAUGAACACGGACCUGCUCAGGAGGGUCCUCGUGCUCAUGAACUCCAAACACACCUUCCUGGCACUGUGUGCCCUACGGUUUAUGAGGAGGAUCAUUGGGCUGAAAGAUGAGUAUUACAACCGCUACAUCAUCAAAGGGAAUCUGUUUGAGCCAGUCAUCAACGCCCUGCUGGACAAUGGAACGCGAUACAACCUUUUAAACUCUGCCAUCAUUGAACUCUUCGAGUUUAUCAAAGUGGAGGACAUCAAGUCCCUCAUCGCGCACAUCGUGGACAACUUUUACAAAGCACUUGAAUCCAUCGAGUACGUCCAAACGUUUAAGGGUUUGAAGGGCCGCUAUGAGCAGGAGAAGGACCGACAGACGCAGCGUUUCCGCAGGUAUCGUCGCGAGGCUCGCCCCGUUGAGGACGACGAGGAGAUGUGGUUAAAUGAAGACGAGGAUGAUGAGGACGAGGCUGCGGAAGAGAAGAGCCGCUCUGAUGAAGAGUACCCCGAGAGCUACGAAAAGUUCAUGGAGGCCAAGAAAGCUAAAGCCAGUGAGGACGGGGAGAAGUGGAGCUCCUCAUCUGGCAGCGUUAAGUUAACCUUCUCUCACUCUGCAGGAGGUGCCAACGGAGCUAGCGCCGCCGCCAACAGCAAGCCCGCCACCUCGGCCACCGCUAACGCUGCCGCCGCUAAUGCUAAUGCCAAUGCCAAUACAAACGCAAACACAAACGCCACCUCCCCCAACGGGGCCUCCGCCAAGCCAGCUGCUCUCCCCGCCACCCCCGUCGUCAAGACUGGCUUGGUGGGCCUGGUGGAUUACCCUGACGAUGAAGACGAGGAGGAGGAGGAGGAAGACGAGGAAGAGGAGGAGGAGCAGGCGCCACGGAAACGACCCCGUCUCGGCUCAUAAAGACGUUUUGGCAAACAAACAAAAACACAAAAACCCCACACAAGCGAUCCUGAGCUCUGGUGUCCCACGUUGCCACAGUGUGUCACGGCCCACUGAACAGAGACCUACCUGACGAUCCCCCCCAAACCCACCCACACACACACACAAAACAAACACCCUCCUCCUCCCAACUCUACCUCCUUCUCACACACACACACGCAGCCACACACACACGCAGCCACACACACAUACUCCCCACCGCCUGUGGACCAGAGGCACUCCACAGCUACUCGUCCUCCCUCCCUGUCUCUCCCUCUGGGACCCAGGCAGCCACACCAGCAGGGAUGCAGGCAGCACUUCCCCAAGCGCUACAGACUCCCCCUUGUGGCAGCAGAGAAGAGGGGCACGGGACGGGAUGGGAUGGGAUGGGACGACGGGACUGGACGGCCAGGCUAGCGGGACUAGCCGCUCAGUGACGGAAGCUUGGCAAGAACGAACGACCACAAUGUCCACAUUUCACUUUGGGGGUUUGGGUGGAGAGAAUCAGGCCAAAACAAAACAAAAGAGAUGAGAUGAGAUAUGGAGGAGGAGGGAUGGAUGGAAGGACGAAAGAAAGAAAAAAAAAAAAGAAUAUUUUGAUGAAAAGCCGCUUCUAUGAAGGUGAGCCACAGGACUUUGAGAAUGGAAGCUGGAGCUCCCCCUGCAGAGGCUCAUGCAGAACUACAUCAGCCAGGAAUCUUGCGUUUAUGAGUCUAUUAAAAAGUACUGUACAGCUAUUUUAUUUUCCUUUUUAAUUGUUUUGCCUCUUUAAAUGAUUUUUUUUUGUAAUUUGGGGGGAGUCAAUUCCUGCCAGUGUAAUAUUUUUUGCACAAGAAGGUGGGACCACUGUUUACCCUUUUAAUCAGAUAAUUUGACUCAUUGUAGAAUAGUCAUGACAACUGAUUUUUAAUAAGAUGUAUUAAACUCUGCAGUAAAGAAUUCUCUUUUCGCAGCUGAUUGGCAGACGUUUUUGGGGAGUCUGUUUGUGAUGUUGCCUGGUAAUACGAUUUUAAAGUAAGAUGUGGCCCACUGCUAUGUCAAGUCUCCAGAAGUGUUUACGUUCUGCCAAGUUCCCCCGACACCAGCUGUCGGCUCUAAGGAACACACAGGCUCUCUCGGUUAGUUGUGCUUUAGGUUUUCUGUGAGAUGUUUUUUUUUUUUCUGUAAGCACUGAUGGGUUAAACCAGCCUCUCCCAGCAUGUAGACAUUCCUAUUGACAGAUGUAGCAAAAAAAAAGGAAAAUCAAAAAAGCAAUCCACAUUAGAAAUGGAAAACAUUUCAGAUUGAAGAUGAAGAAUGGAAAAGCUGCGAGGGCCCAAUUGUUUUAAAAAAAGAAGAGAACUUCAAAAAUGUCUAGAGCGCACUGUAGGUUUUUGUUUUACUCCAUGGAAAUUUUGUACAAGUGCAUUUACUACCACUAUCUCCACUCUCUAAACCAUUUGUAUACAUUUGAUAUUUGGGGCGUUUUCAGAUUAAAUGUGAGCCUGGCAUUAAACGUGAAUCUUUA